CAAUCAGUUUGCUGCCGUCUGUGUUCGUGGGUGAAAGUCCGCACCGCUUGGCUGUCAUGGUUUUUUGCCGCAUCUCGUAGAUACUUCAUAUGGAAAACGCUCUAUCGGUUGGAAUUGUAUCUCGUGGAUUGUGCCGCCGCCGUCAAGUGUCACUUGAAAAUUGUCAAAAUUGAAUUCACCGAACGUUAGUGAACAAAGGUCCUCCAAAUGGCCAUAACGAGUGCUGCGGCCUUUGUCUGGCUUCGAUUUUCAAACCCAACUGCAGGGCUGGCCGGAUUAAGCCAAAAGGUUUUGUAGAGAUACUUGAUACUUAAGUGCUCAGUGAACUACUCAUCAACAGCAUCAUCGUGUAGUGCAACUGCAUAUUUCCUCCGGCUGUUUGAAAAUGCCUGGCAGGUAGACUUCUGUCUUUCCUCCACAGAAGGCCAGCAACGUCGCAGAAAAAAUUUUCCUCUGGCGAUGAGAGCUAAACAAAUGACGCCUCUUCCAUGAGGGAUUGGGCUAGGAGCCAUCUGCCGCGUCAUCGCCAUCGCAAUUGGAAUCAGAAUCAGAAUCAGAAUCGCAAUUGCAGAAUGUGUGCCAGCGACGUGGAACCUUUGGUAUCCGUCCACUGAGUGGCAGGCGGAGAUUCUUCCCUAGACUGACACCUCUGAUUGAAUCGGCAAAAGCGGGAAGAACGAGGGGCAGAGCCAAGGGAAAGCCGAAGGAAAUGCGGAAAAACUCAAAGGAAAUGGCGGCGAAUCGGAGGCGCAAGAAGACAAUCGGCAUGCUGACAUCGGGACUGAAAUCAGUAGUCAAGUGGAAAAUUAUUGUAUCAUCCAUAAUGUUGCUCUUAUUAGGCGGGACAAGUCACGUGCUGGCGGUGCGAAAGGGUCGCCUGAUGUCCCCCAGCACAUUCACCGCCCUCAGCGGGGACCUGCAUGUGCAGAUCCAGUUCAAUGGGAACGAGAUGUCCUCGCAGGCGGAGGAGGAGGAGCACACCAUCGCUGGUGGCCCAUCCAGCGAGGAGCCCUUGAGCUCCAGUGACGGACUGAAGAGCAGGAACAACACCAUAAUGAGCACUUUAGUCAUUAGCAAAAUCAUUGAUGAAGUGGAGUCACCGCUGGAAAAGGGGUUGACACCGGGCCCCGAGGUAACCAAUACCAGCCAGGUGGUGCUGCAUCGCAAGCGCAAGGAGGUGGUGCAGAAUAUACCGCUCUUCCCGGAUCCCCGGUUCAAUGUCACCCAGGUGACGGUGCCAUGCCAGACCUUCCUGAUCGGCGGACGCUACGAGAUGCAGGUGGUGAGCAAUCUCAAGUCGGUGAACCGGAGUGAGGUGACCACCACAUUGGUGCCCGCCCAGGACGAGCGACUCCACCAGACGCUCGAUGUGCGAUGGCCCAGUGCCGAGAUGAUAGUGAGUCCCGUGCGCCUGAAGACCUAUCCCAAGCAUCCUGUGGAGGUGACUCUCCGCUUUCCCGAGGUCAACUGCAAUCAGUCGGGCAGUCUCGCAUUGCCGGAGUUUUGGUUGGAGCUAAUUUACUGUGGCAAGGAUCGCAGCUGCAAUCGGAAUAUAACCCCAUCCAGUGUCCUUUUUGCGGAGCAAAUACGCGGAUUCCCCAAAAACAAGAGCCUCCAUCUGGGAUGCGAACUAUUUGGACUGGCGGGCAACUAUGCCGUCCAACUGCGACCGAUGAUUCCCGCCCAGAACGUGCCCACCACCCGGCAGCUACUGAGCGUCGAUUGGAGCGACGAAUUCGUGUUCAACGUGUAUGCCCGCAGCAUAUUUCCCUGUGAUCCGCACACGGGAAUCGGUGUCCUCUACGAGUAUCCUGGCUGCAUUCUCGAGCAGGGCGACCGGGUGCGUCUCUAUGCCAGGCUGCGGGCCGAUGUCGCGUCCCUGAAGCCACCCACGUCGCUCCACUACGUCUCCGAGCAGCGGGUCGUCAAGAGCCAGCAUUCCCUGUACUUCGCCUGCGAGCACUUCUCCGAGAAGUACGUGGAGUACUGCUUCGUCUACGUCAGCCAGGCAAUUUCCGGAGCCGUAGCCGAUGUCCGGAUGGACUGUGUGCCCACCCUGCCCGUCAGCGACUCCGAUACCGGUGGCUGGGGACCUUGGAGCGAGUGGACGCCCUGCUCCACGAAUUGCUUGGGAGGAACGCGCAAUCGCUACCGCUUCUGUGACUCACCACCCCCGCGAUAUGGGGCCAAAUUCUGUGAGGGUCCUUCGGUUGAGACCCAAAAGUGUGGCAAAAGCAUCGCCGACACGUGGGACUGCAUCUACGAGACUUCGGGUACAGUCAUCACCAAGGAAAAUAGCACCGAGGUGAGCCAGGAAAUUGGACCAGGAUGUCGUUGCGGCUGCAUUGUGCAUCUGGGCUCCUCGAAGCCCAAAAGGAUCAUUGCUGGAGCCACACAGAGCUGUCCUGGCCGCUCUUUCUGGCUAAUACAGGUGGAUGGUGAGGAAAGCAUUUCUCUGGCACUGAGUUUCCUCCGCUUGCCUUGUGCCACCCAGUACAUAAAGGUGCGCGAUGGACCGUCGCUUUCGUCCACCCUUCUCGUGGAGCUCAAUGGCGGUGGGCUGAUCCUCAAGGGAGCCGGCGUUCCGGUGGUCGUCGAUUCCACUGGUGGCCAACUCCUAGUGGAGUUCUCGGCCGGCGAUGGACAGGCGGGCAAUGCCACUCAGGAGGCAAGUGCAGCCUGCACCGGAGGAUUCAUGGCCAAUGUGCAGCAGCAGUUGGCAGCUACAAGGAGCAGUAACAGUAGUACCACACUAGUGGCCGCCACUCGUUUGUCUGGAAAAACUCGUUCUGUUUCCCACAAGUCCAUGUCAAGACUUCGAUUUACCCUGGUUCAUCUGAGUGCCAUGAUCUUUGCCAGCAUAAUCAUCAUAAUAAGCUCCCUGUUAGGUGCCCAAUAUGUGGUGCGAUACCGGAAGUAUCACCUGGCAGUUGCUCGGCGACAGGACGAAGGAUCCCGACUUCACACUCCCAGAGCAUCGCUGAGUUCCCUGCAAGGUCCUCCCUCACGGGCCAUGUCCACAACAACUCUGCUUUCGGAGGUCAUUUACAUGGUGAAGAUGCGACCCAAACACCACCUGCGACACUCCAUUCUCCGCGAGAGCGUGGACGCCGAAAAUCUGACCAAUGAAACGGAGUUCAAGGAGUCGGAUUCACAGGGAAUGCUGGCGAAAUGCGCUGAAAUCAAGGAGCUGGGAAGCUCGGCCUCCAUGGUGACCCUGCGCAACGAGAGAUCGUCACCAGCGCGAUCUCUGGAUACCGGAAGUAUCAUUGGAUCACCUUCCUCUGCGGAAGCCGAACUGGCUGCGGUUCACAGCAGGUCAGAGUCCAAGGAUUCCCCCACGGAUGAGGCAAUAGAGCCGCCGAGCUGCAAGGACAGCGCCAAGGACUCGGAGUCCAUCAUAUCCUCAGGAAUGAGUUCCCUGUGCAACAGCCCACCGAUGAACAGCAAGCGACUGAGCAAGUACUCUGAUCGCUACGAUGCGGUGACCCUGAAGUUGCUGUCCUCCAGACUGGAUGAGAGCUUGCAGGAUGCCAGCUCUCUACUCUCGGUAACCGAAUCCUUCAAAUUGGGUCGCCUGAGAACCCGCAGUGUCAGCUCUUCCCUGACGAAUGGUUGCUAUUCACCAGCUGCCAGUGUGGUAAGCACGGCAACCAUCAGGACGACCAGUAAUCCCAAGGAGUCCAAGGAGAAGCAGAACCGAAGGAAACUCCUGGCCAGACCAGGCUCAGAGUUUUCGCUUGGAAAUCAAGAAGAACUUGAGAUGGAUUACUACGAUUACAAUGUGAUCAAUGCAGGAUCGGCACCGGGCUCCUAUCUUGGAAUGGAUCCGGCUUACCUUAUCUGGAUACCACCAUUCGAAGAGGUGGCGGAGCGGGAAGAGGACGAUAAGACACCAGAACCGGAACCAGAUCCCGAGAGGGAUGAACGGCAGCCGCUGUACGAGGAGAUCCGUAUGCCCAAGUACGGACACUACCUAAGUCCAGCCAGUAACACGGAGUCCAGCAAGUCCACAACGGCUGAGAACACACCCAGCUCCGAGGAGAGAUCCCCACCAGACAGUGGGCGUCCCUCCAAGGCCACCUCGCCCUGCGAUGGAACGGAAAGGGGUGGGCGAUCCAUGCCCAAGCAACCCACUCCGUUUAUGUCCAGGAAACAGAGACGCCAGUCCAAACAGCAAAUGCCAUCCAGCUUGUCCUUGAGCGCUGGUUCACUGGAUCAUGAGCAGCGACGCAGCAGUAAAGUUCCAAUCGAAAUCGCUGCAGUGCAUCAGAAGGUGGAAGCCGAACUGGAACCCAACGACUCCAUGACUGGCUCUUAUGUGGAGAAGGAAACUGCCGUGGAGAAAUCAGCGGGGGAUCUGCAGGAGUUCCUGUCUCUCGAUGAUAUUCAGUUCGCCGACGAGAGUGGCAGCGACUACGAGGCUGUCAACCUCAAGAAAGUACCCAAAUCGGAGCUCCAACUAAACCAGGAUGAUGCUCGGUCCAAACUCUUGCGAAGAAGGGAGCCAAAGUCAAAGGAAGUGGCCGUGUAGCACCAAGUUGUAAUUGUACAUAAAACCAGCACAAGAAGUGAAGUAUAUGUUUAGUAUAGUUUAUAAUACGAACUUGUAAAAUACGGGUAAAUAUAAUGUUUACAUAUGUCAGCACCAUACGAAACGUAGACCACCUGGAGUAGUUGUGUUUUUAAAGCUAGGAUUUAAGAUCGUCUCAAUAAUAUGUAAACUUGAAAAUCGAAAAGUAUAUAGAAUGUAGUCUCUACAGCUCCUUAAGCCUAAUCUGUUCAAUCUCUCGUUACACUGUACAUAUAUAAGUUAGCCAAGGCUCACUGUAGUUUAAGUAUUCAUUCGCACUCGGCUAUGUACACAACCCAGUUAUGUGGAAAUAUUGAUUUGAUUAAUAGAUUUUAUUUGGCAAUUACUUGAAUCUAUAAUUAGAGAAUUGGAAUUACGAAAUUUUGUGAUCUUGAUUUUGUGCUUGUAAGCAUGGGAAAUUCUAGUCAAUACAUUAGUCAAAAUUAAUUAGCAUUUUAAAAUCAAAAAUGUUUUUGUUUCUAACAGUUUUAAAGCCCUUCUAUAUCACCCCGAUCUGUAAGAUAA